AUGACCGAAGCAGACGCGGCUCGACCAGAGCAGCGACCUCAAUCAUCAUGGUUCGCCCUUCCUGAACCUCUUCGACGCGUCUUUGCACGCUUUCCCAUCGUUUCAUACUCUGCGAACGUCCUGCCGCAGAAUGCGCCUCAACACCGCAGUCAACAUGUUUUCUUCUCCUUUCAGAGACCGGGUGGUCCUGCGGAUGCGCCGUCAUGCAAUCCAACAUGCUUAAAGUGGCAGACUUUGUUGAAAUUCCAAGGAGUAUCGCAUAAAAUACAGCCUUCGAAUAACCACGCCUCUCCAUCAGGAGCGCUGCCUUUUAUUCUCCCUGCGAACACUGCGAAUCAGCGACCAGGUACUCCGGUAUCAGCAAGCAAGAUCCCAAGGUGGAUCGUUAGCCAGGGUGGAAGAGAGGAGACGCUUCAGCCCAAAGAAGAGGCGUACAAUGCCCUCGUCGAUCACGAUAUCCGCAAUGCCUGGCUGUACUUUAUCUACCUCGACCAGCCCAAUUUCAAAGCGGUCGCUGCUCCGCUGUACUGCGAAUCUGCUUCAUCGAAUGUCCUGGUACAAUUGGCGAUGGCUAGUCAACUGCAGUCUGCAGCAAGAGAUGAAUUGCUCAAAAGCUACAUUCUGAUUGAUGCGGAUGAGCUAUAUGAUCGUGCCGCAAAAGCCUUCAGUGCACUAUCAACACUGCUCGGCGGGGACGAUAACUUUUUUGGAGCUAGUCAGCCUGGCUUGUUCGACGCCAGCGUCUUUGCAUAUACCCAUUUACUGCUUGACGAUAGCAUGAAUUGGCAAACCUCCACCAUGAUCGACCUAUUGAAGAUUCACCCAAACCUCGUCUCCCACCAACAGCGACUUCGCGCCGAGUACUUCCCCUGA